ACGGUGCUCGGAACCAUUCGGCUUUCUCCGUCGUCGUCACGUGACUUCCCGUCGAGGAAAAAAAAAGUGAAACAACCAAAACAGAGAGAAGCUACUCAAGCUAGCUCCGAGCUGUGAUGAAACUAACACAGAAAACCACACACCGCCUCAACCACCAUGUGUAGCUUAAAGUCCUGGGCGGUGAAUUAGUGACUGAAGUGUGGACUAAUGUUUGGGAUCUGACCCGCUGAGUUUAAACAUGAAUUUAAGAGGACUGUUCCAGGAUUUCAACCCCAGUAAGUUCCUCAUCUACUCCUGCCUGCUGCUCUUCUCCGUGCUGCUCUCCCUGAGGCUUGAUGGAGUCAUUCAGUGGAGCUACUGGGCGGUGUUCACCCCGAUAUGGCUGUGGAAGCUGCUGGUCAUCAUCGGGGCCUCUGUGGGCACGGGGGUCUGGGCACACAACCCCCAGUACAGAGCUGAAGGGGAGACAUGCGUGGAGUUCAAAGCCAUGCUGAUCGCCGUGGGACUCCACGUCCUGUUGCUGAUGUUCGAGGUGUUGGUGUGCGACCGCGUGGCGAGAGGACACUACUUCUGGCUCCUGGUUUUCAUGCCUCUCUUCUUCGUGUCGCCCGUCUCUGUGGCAGCCUGCGUGUGGGGGUUCAGACACGACCGAUCCCUCGAGCUGGAGGUGCUGUGUUCCGUAAACAUCCUUCAGUUUAUCUUCAUCGCUCUGAGGCUGGACCGGAUCAUCACCUGGCCUUGGCUGGUGGUGUGUGUCCCACUCUGGAUCCUGAUGUCCUUCCUGUGCCUUGUUGUCCUGUACUACAUCAUCUGGUCUGUCCUUUUCCUCCGCUCCAUUGACAUCAUCGCUGAGCAACGGCGAACUCACAUCACCAUGGCAAUCAGCUGGAUGACCAUCGUCGUCCCUCUUCUCACGUUCGAGAUCCUUCUGGUGCACAAGCUGGACGGCCACAACAGUCUGAGCUACGUGUGUGUGUUCGUCCCGCUCUGGCUCUCUCUGCUCACACUCAUGGCCACGACGUUCGGUCAGAAAGGAGGAAACCACUGGUGGUUUGGAAUCCGCAAAGACUUCUGUCACUUCCUGUUGGAGCUCCUCCCGUUCCUGAGAGAGUACGGCAACGUCUCCUAUGACCUCCAGCGCAGCGAGGACCCCGAGGCGGCUGAGGAUUUGCCCGUUCCCGAGCCUCCACCAAAGAUCGCUCCCAUGUUCCACAAGAAAACGGGCGUGGUCAUCACACAGAGUCCUGGGAAAUACUUUGUCCCACCCCCUAAACUCUGCAUCGACAUGCCCGACUAGAACUCAAAGGGGACGGGGCAGGGACUGCUGCACUUAGGCAUUCAGACUCUGGAGCUAAAUCAGCAGAGGAGACUUCGGCUUGGUUCUAUCUGCUGUCCCCUCACCCUAAAACUCUGCAUCAGCGUGGCUGCCCUGGGGUGACACAUGAGCACCGACAGAUGCAGGAUCCUCACUCUGGUUUAAGCAGCUGUUCUGACGUGUGGAGAGGAUUAAAUACUGAAACUGAAACAGAGGACUGCUUUGUUUUUCACCUGAAGUUUCACUCUGUCCCUUCCUCACAUUUUUACCCAAUCUGAAAAAACUGACAGCAGAAGAGCGUCGGAUCCCGACGUUUCAACGAGACGACUGACACGAAACUGAAGAGCUGGAUCUACCUGGACUUCCUGACUCAAUGACUCUGUAACAGUAGACCCUUGAGGUGUGUGUUUGAAUCAAAGAUGACUCUUGCCUUUCUUGCGAUGGGACCACUGGAGAGAGACUCUAGCUUGAAUUUGGGAUCAGAAAACCCCCCUUAAUGCUUGUUCGCACUUUUGACCACGCAGGUGGAGAAAACAAAGAGAGGUGUGGUGAGAGGAAAGAGUCCCGUUCUUCAGGUCUGUGUUCGAUUCCCGUGUGAACUUUGAAGGAGUUAUUAAAAGCUGAGAGUCUUCCAACUUCAACUGUAGAAUAUGUUCAUAGUUUGAUUCAUUGGUUGGUUGCUGGGUCACUAUUAGGGCUUGAAUAUUCGUUCACUUAUUAAAAAUCGAAGAGUCAAUGCGAAUAGUACGGUUUUUGUUUGGUUGUAGUACGCUACAGGGCUCUCAAGUUUUGAACUCAGUUCAGAGAGAUGUAUUAUUGAAGUUCUUGUAUAAAGGCUGUAUUUUGUCCCUUUACCUUUAACAAUGUUGACUGCCCUCUCUCUUAUGGCUCGUUUCCACCAAGCGGUCUGGCAUGGAUCGGUACAGUUUGGUACGGGUCGGAUCGGUAACGCUUGAUCCUGUUUGUGUUUCCACAGCCAACCGUGCCUUACUUAGGGCGGCGUGAAAGCCGGAUGCCGAUAGCCGCAUCAGCUACGUAAUAGCGUGACGUCAUGGCAGCGCGACACAGUGAACGCUGUUUCUUGACGCCAUUUUCCAAACAAAAAAAGUGAUCUACCCGAAGUCCACUGGAGAUUUAAACAUGGCGGGGUUAUGUGUUGUUCGUUAUCACCGCUGUCAAACAGGAAGUGACGAUUCUUUCGACCAAUCAACGGACUGCAGUGUUUCUAGCUCCACCUCCUGCGGUUGGAUCGGUAUGUCUGGCACCCCAACAGAAGGGUACCGAAAAGUGGGACGGUACGGCUCAGUGAUUUGGGGACCUGUCCCGGUUUUAGUCGAUGGAAACGCCACAAAAUGCGUGCCGUACCGAGACGAACCGAACUUAGCCGCUUGGUGGAAACGGGGCUUUACUCUCUCCCUAGCUCUCUUUAUUUUUGAGAUAAAGUAGUAAUUUCGUUCUGUUAAUAACGAAAAUACUACUGAGAUGACUUCCUGUACACACAGGAAAUAUGGGGAGUAGAGAGCGGGGGAGGCACAUGCAGGAAAUAGUCGACCGGCCGGGAAUCGAAAACCGGCGAGGACUGUAGCCUCUGUAUUUGGGACGCUUAGACCGCUAGGCCACCAGCGCCCUCUGUUCCACAGUUUAAAGAAAAGCGGCGUUGUCCCAGUAAAUAUACGCCCAAUGCGUGAGACUUGAGAGCCCUGACGCUCUUCCCGCCUUACGGUGGCUAUAGAGCGUCUUAAAGCUGUUUGCUAACUGCGUCAAGUAACAGACGAAGAAGAUUUCUAGCUGCUUUUAACAACAAAAGAAGAAGAAAACAUUUGCGACAGUCGUUUGGAAUACGUGUGUAGUGGUGUGAGACUCAGAAAUGGAGAUAAUCGCAGAGACUGAGCAUGGGUGCCACGCCGCUGCCUCACAGAAAUACCAACAUAAGGGUUGUGACCAACGCUGGUAGUGCCCACUAUUAUGACGGGGUUUGAUUACAAAUAAUCGACGAAUAGAUGCCAGUGACUGUGGGAAGAGUAUUUUGGCUUGAAACUCCCAUUACUAGUGUCACCAAAAGCCCCAGGAUCACAUUCUCAAAGUACUUGUUCUGGGUACAGCCGUAAGAUAAACAGAUUACCAUCAAAAUGGUCGAAAGAAACCGGAAAGUACUCACGAUCAAGAAUCGGACAGUUUGAUUGGGGAGAGAGGAACUGUCCAAAAUGUCCAAGUCGUUGGUUUUGGAAGUGUUUGCCGUCGGGAGUCAAGGCAGUAGCAACCAAUCAGGUUUGAUUGGCUUUGAUAUAAAGCAGGAACAGUCCAUGAUAGAAGUUCUAGAAGACGUCUUCAAGAACUUCUAUCAAGUCCAGUUUCCUUAUGGAUUGCCACUAUUUGAUAGGACAGCUGAAGAGAGACAGGAAAUGUGGGGAGUAGAGAGCGGGGGAAGACAUGCAGGAAAUGGUUGACCGGCCUGGAGUUGAACCGGCGACCCCUGCGACGAGGACUGUAGCCUCUGUAUGUGGGGCGCUUAGACCGCUAGGCCACCAGCGCCCCAGUUUGUCCUUUUUUUUGACGCCAACAGCAGACGUGUGCUUUUAAAAGUUGCAUCAAAAACAUCUAACGUGUCAAAAAGUUGCUUAUCGGACUGUCGGACCGCUCCGUCAUUAGUCGGCCAUUCUGGGAUUAUUAGUGGAUUGGAACUGAGGAAGACCUCUCUGUAAUCACAGUAACUCUUUGAGUCCACAUUUAGUAUUAUUCAAACACAGACCUGAAAGACUUCAAACCUUUCCUUUUAAAAAGAGAACACCUGAAAUGGCACUUUGUUAAUCUGUUCCAAGAGGAGUCCUGUCUGAACUGUCAGUUCUUUGUAUUCCUGUUUUCUUUUCUUUUCUUGUAAAUAACAGACGCUGCAAAAUUAGGGACCAGAGUUUAAGAUGGCAGAGUUGAAAGUAAGAAACACCUGGAGAGAGAAAAAAAAUAAAACAAGGCAGAGUUUCUUCAAAAACUUUGUCUGAAACAUGACGAUGAAAGACGCCGUUUCUUCUGUAGCGACUGAAACCUCCUGAUACGAUAAACACACUACCGGCUGUUCUUUCCUCUCAGCACUCACAUGUCGUAACAAUGAAACCCCACACCUGACUAAUAGAGAGUAUUACUCCUGAUUCCCUGUUUGUGUGCACAUCGUCCACUUUCCUGUAUUCAACAAGUUACUCAACAAAAGAAAAGAACAAUCAUCACGUCUCUUAUUUUACAUCCUGGUUGCUGUGUACAUUUCUUUUUCUACAUAUCUACAUCUUUCUUUUCCAUUAAAGCUGUCUCAUUGAUUGAUUUCUCUCCUUUAACGCUGCAAGUGUAACAACUAGAGUUUCCUGUGGUGAUAGCUGACCAGACAGACACUGUCACUGUUUUGUUCAUAUAUUUAUUUUAGCAUUAAACUGAGACGAUUCCACCUUCAACUGCA